UACAGGUCCGGGUGUGAAGAAUGAAUUGUUAUGAGGAAACUGGUUAAUUGGAGAGGCGGUUUCUCAAACUUAGGAUAGGUUUUCUAAAUCGGUAUAAUGGAAAGAUGAUCCUCCAUGGCGAUUCUCCAUGCUUAUCUGCUAAUGCCGACCUUGUGUAACUGGAUCGACUACCUCGCCCUAAUUAAUACCAUCCUCAACCUUGAACUUGCACCUACCCUUGCUACUCUUCUUCACAGUCCAGAUUUUCCCUUUAAUAAAAUGCCGUUCGUCCAUCAGUGUUAUGUCAGUCUACCUUCUUCAGUUGGUCGAGUGGGUAGUUAAACAGAGCUCACUCGACCAAUUGCAGAUAGUAGACUUAAGCCUUUAGUUCUUUUACAUUUGGCUCUGUAGUUGAUGAAGUGCAGACGUUUACAAAUGACUUCAUUUGAUCAACUAUUAGUUAUAUUUGUAAAAGAACUAGUUAUUCGGUAGAUGAAUGAUGACACUGGCUCUCGUUUCCUCCCGAGUCAUGAUCGAGCUUUGGGAUUAAAUUAUUGGGUACCUAUGGGGAAAACUAAGGGAUACUUAUAACUGGGGACUACUUCUGCAUUCUUAUGAAGUAUUAUGUUUAAAAACAUGAAUUGUGUAUAAUCCAUGCCGGGUCUAGUUCUAAAGUACCGGAAAAAUCAGUUUAUCAAGCUUUACUUGAACAUUCAGGUCGUGUUUGUGAAAAAAUGAGCCUACCAUUCAAUUGGAUGGAUAAAUUAUUGACACUGGCUCUCGUUUCCUUCAAGUCAUGUCCGAGCUUUGGGGUUAAGUUUGGGUUGUAAGGCUCGUUUCAGACCUUACGACCGUUAAUACGAGUAAAAAUAAUGAAGUUGGACUUUCCAUCUAAAACAAUGAAAAAUAAGUUGUAGAUGAGGCCAGGGAAACAGUAGGGAAGUGGGUUUGAAAUAAAUCACUGCAUUUCAUGCAGAGAGUAUUUGCCAAGGGGUCAUUGGAGGAAAUGGAAUUGUUAACAGUAUUUCCAACAACUGCAUCUACUGUGAAAGAUGAAAUUCAUUCAUUCUUGUGAAGGAUGACGCUUUGAAGUACACUAAACACUGAAAAAAAUAGUACAAGCAUACACUCACAAGAGACCACAGAGAAUAGUUAAGAGGAGUUUAACAGAGCGGUGAGUCCGGAGAAGACUCCUGUUUUUUGAGAUAUUGGAAUUGAUGAAUAAACCGUGUUGUGAUGUUCCAGAUCGAAUUUUAACCUAUUCUUCCUGAAGCAGUCGCCAGAAACGAUUCGCCACCUUCUUCCAGUUCUUCCUCCAUUGUUGUUUUUGCCUUUCCGGGCUCCCUUCGUCUUCUUCUAAGUCGUCGACCUCUUGGGACAGCAAGACCUUGAUCUUGCCAUCUUCGCUUUCGGGCUGUGGUAGGCACGAAACUGAACACUCCUCUCCAAAUAGAAAUUGGGGGUGUGUCCAAAUUUCGACUCGAUUGGAGUCGUUGUAGCCAAUAAUGGCUGGGAUUUUCCGUACCUUCGCUUGGACCUCGAGAAGGACUAAUUUCCCUUCCCGACGUCGCACCGAUUUGGUCCUUUCCACCAUUGUAUUCCAAAAAAAUAAAAAAAAACAAAUUGGUGCAAUUAGAACAAAUUACAAUCAAUAUCAGUCGCCAAGGUGAAGCCGGCCUAUAUCUGGAAACUCCAGGUCCUCUUCGGCAAAGAUUAUGCCCUCGGGGAAGAAAACAUCAAAUCCCGACUCGCAGAACCACAAAAAACGAGCCGACGGGAUAUCGAAAAGUUUCCGAUACCUAGCAUAACCAGGAUAUCGCCUAAAAAAUAACAAGGAGAAGCAAAUAAAACAAAUGGAUAAGUUAAUCAACAAUAAAAAACAGCCACAGCAGCAAACUUGACAAGAAAAAUAAUGGAAAAACAAAACUUACGCAAAUAGACGCUCGCGCGCGUCCGGAGGAACAAAGUCUCGACGGAAUUCCUGCAGCAUUAAAAACUGCCAGCUCGCUAACGGCUGCUGCAGUAACCAAUCAAAUCGCAGACGAUCACUAACAGACAAAUGAAUGUCGUCUGGGAUAUAGAAAUAUCGCAGCGCGAGUUCGAGAGCGUGUUGUUGUGAAGGCUCCAUUUCGAAUAUUAAAACCGAACUGGAGCGACAGCCACCAUUUCGACACAAAAUACAAAGAAGAUUAAUAACAUGAUUGAGGUGUUGAUACAUAAUGUCUAAUAGAGCGUCAAGCAGGUGCGAGUUGCUUGGCCUCUACCAGAAGUGAAGUGGGUGGGGCGAGUUGUUACAGUCUCAAUACCAUAAGUAAUGUAAAUAAGAUGUCAAUGGAAUUGUUUUUUAGUACUUACGGUUCGUGAAUACAUCCCGAGCCCUUUUCAAUUUUAGAGCCUGGAAUUCAUAUUUAUAAUAUAAAUCCAAGCUGUCUCGCAGGUACUGCUGGAUCAGUACCUCCCGCUGGGCGUUGUACUCCCCUUCACUUUGUAACAUAAUUGGUGAGGCGUACAUGUUUUGGAAGUGUUGGGGUGGAUAAUAACACGGAGGGGAUGGUGAUGGAAUCCUCUCCAUUGGGGCCGAAUCUGGUUGUUCCUUUGUCGGCGGCUGUGGUGUUUGAUGAUUUAUGGGCGGAGCGGCUAAAGGGACUGCACUGGGGAUGUCUGGGUUUACCUCCGUGGUAUCGCUUCGUAUGUCGUCCUUGUCGUCCUCGUCGUCGCUGAGUGUGAGGUCGACGAUGAGGGUUUGCUGGUUGGUCUGCUCGGUAUGCUGGUCCGUCGCGACGUUUUCUUUGUUCGAAUCUUCUUCGGCUUCUGCAACGUCAUCCGGUUCUUGGACAGGCUCGUCGUCUUCCGUCUCCUCUCCCCGUUCUUCUUUACUGUCAGCGGCCUAUUCCUUUAUCGGUUCAAUCACAAAUCCUACCGAUUGUUCGAUGCCCGGUAGAUAGCGGGGAUCUGUUGUGAUUUCCACUUUUUCUUCGUUGUCGGAGAUGAUUUUUGGUCAAUGGAACAUUGUUUGGAUCGGGGGAAGGUGCUCUAGGGCCUUGCUGUUGGUUUAAAGGAUUUUGUAUAGGAGCGGUCGGUGGUGUUGGAGGAGUCGGAUGAGUCGGAGUCAUGUUUGGGGGUUGAGUGAUUUGUGCUGUCUGUUGUGCUAACUGUUGUUGUAACGUGGCUAUAUCUAAGUUUAAUCCUUUGUUAAUUUGCCUUAAAGAAUCUACUGAUAUCUCUUUAGUGGCGACGUCUUGUUGUAAUUUUGUUAAUUGGGUAGUUAAUUGUACGUUCUGGUCGCUUAGAUCCGUCAAGUUAGCUAAGUUAUCGUUGAUAAUCUUAUUUAACUCUGCGUUCAAUUGAGGCGUUGGCAUUACACCAUCCGAAGCAACUUAAGUAUCAAGGCUGAAAGCGCCUGCCUUGUCAUAAAAGGCUGACGGCUUUCACCUUGAGAGGCAGGGCUCCCGCCUCGCUACACCGCAAUCAUUUCAUCGGGCACCUGGGCCGUCCAUAAAUUACGUAACGGUAUUUUUGGCAUUUUUUGAAACCCCCCCCUCCCUUAUGCAUCAAAGUGUAACAAAAGUACGAACCCUCCCCCCUUAAAAAUACGUAACAAUUUUCUAACCCCCCUUUUUCAAAUUUAAAUGCAAUUUUUUCUAAUAAAAAUUCAAAGAAAUCUUUAAAAUUUUUAUCUGUAUUUAAAAACCACUUUUACACAGUGUUAUCGACUACAAAAUGAUGCAUCUUUAAUAUUACAAAGGAAGAUCAUUAUUCAUUCGUCAAAUUUCAGAUAAUUACUAUUUAAUAUGUUGAUUUUUUACCGCUAGAUGGCAUUUGUAAAAGCCAAAAUUGUACGUAACACGGCGCAAAACCCCUCCCCUCCCCAUAGUAACAAACCGCAACAUUUUAGUCAACCCUCUCUCCCCCCCUCCCCCGCCCAAACCCGUUACGUAAUUUAUGGAUGGCCCCUGAUAGGCUGAUAGAUAGUAUAGUUAGUUUGUAUGGCCAUGGCUGAUUGGUUGCCACUGGAUACAGUUUGCCAUCUAGUAGAGGAAUUUCGUACUGCUUUAUCGAAUCAUGCUUGACUGUCGUCGUCUGCUUACCGGGAUUUCAGAAUUCAGACUUUCGUGUUUCAGUAUGUUGGCGAAUGGUCGUUUUGGACUCUUGGUAAAAGAAGUAGAGAAGUUAAAACAAAAACUUAUCACUGUUUUAUGGAAUAUUUUUUAUUUAGACUGGGAAAAGUAGAGAGCACAGAGACCAACAACUUCAUUUCAUUGUUCAAGGUUAAAUUCUGUUGGUUUUGGGCACAACCGCACAAUGCGAUGUGCAAAACAAUGUGCACCAACAGAUUUUUGAGGAAAGUGUUUGUGUUGGAUGUUAAUGAGGAAACUGAUGGCUUAUAACAUCAGUCAUUACCUUGAAUUCCUAAUUACUGUAAAAAUAAGAUAAUUUUUGCAUAUCCACACUCCACAGCUUCGUGAAAAUUGGUUUGUCGUACUUGUUGUUCAUUCCUUUUGUUUCUCUAAAAAUUGUUACAAAAUUUAUCUUUCAAUAAUUUAUAGAUUAAAGGGCCACUAAACAAAGAAUACAUCACAUGUUCAGUGUGCAAGUAUUCCAAAACAGGACAGUGAACUUGGCCAACUCGACAAGGAGUAUGCUUUAGUUUUAUUCAAUCUCAAGGUCACAUUAUGUUACUGCAUUUAUCUUCAUUAGUCUUUUAUUUUCAAACUUUUACUGUACAGAGCUAAAGCCAUAUUUUUGUAGGUCUCAACAUCAUCCCAGAUUUACCCAUUCUAACUGAAUGACGUUCAAAAGCCAAUGAUACUAGGCAUCAAGGCGUUGGUGUCAGCAGUUAAGCUUGGGGUGAGUAUCCAUGAUGGCAAAAUAUAGCUGUAGCCAUGAUGAUUGACUUAUUCAACAUACAAGGAUCCUGCGCUAAAUGAUACGCAUAUUUCAUUACUGUUCAUCAUAUGCGGAAGGCGAUCGAAUCGUUGAAUGGAGUAAGCGGCAAUCGACGAAGGAUUUCCUUUCAUGGUAAUUUGCCUGUUUUUUUCUCGAUUAUAGGAACUUUUAGAUUUUAGAUGGCAAUGCACGUAUCAAAUUAUUAACAGAUUAUUGCUUGACCAAGGAAUUUGAUUAUGGGCGUAUCUUGAAAAUUAUUAUGGAAGUGGAUAGGAUGAAGUCAUUAAGAAAAUGAAUUAACGGAAAUUCAGUUUCAACUGAAGGACGAAAGUAUGCUCAACCCAACUUGAAUUAUUAUUGAUAGCAGUUGAGGCACUGUUGCUAUGAGGUACGUGCGUCACUAUGGCUUCUGUGCAACAUGUGUGUUCGAUUAGAUCAUCCACAGGUUUUUUAUUUAUUUUUUAUUUCGAUUCACUUUAUCUAGCUUUUUAUUUCAAAAACACAAAGCGCCUUUGCGUGCUUGUACAGUAAACUGUGCGCGCGAUACAGAUCUCCGAUGGUAUCUACAUCAACUUGCGUGUGGAAAACACUUGCUUGUUACUGAAGGGGAGCAAAUAAAAUUUCGUUUCCCAUCGUUUUCUGUUUCCAACCGGAUCUCUUGUUACAUAACAAACUGGGCUACAGAGUAUCUGCAUUUCGUUUAGUCCCUGAGCUUUUUUUUUAAAUAUUGUUGUUUUUUUAUCAUAGCAUGUGUUCAUAAAAGCUGCUCAGCGACAUAGCUGGUUAGUCCCAAUGUCCCAACGCAUCCUUCUGUUUUUGAAACGAACGUUUCCUAUCGCAACAAUCUUCAUCGCAUGUUUACAGAGACCCUGCGCCAUGUCCCUUCACAAUGUAUAAAGAAACGGUUCAAUAAUCCCAAAACGAAACGACAUGUGCAGUGUUGACAACGGGUGACAAUAUUUAAAAAAAAUUGUUUAUACCUAACCAUAUCAUCAGAACAACUGUGAGAAAAUUUAGUAUAUAAAAAGCUCGUUUUGUUAACGUGAUCAUCAGUUGAGAGCCAUCGCUAUUACUUGACACUCGUCCCGCUCAACAAGAUACGUCGCCCACGAUGCACUUCACUUUAUCGGCCCUCAGUGUGUUUGUUCUCAUUGGGUUCGUGAAUUCCAAUUCACUUCCAAAUCUAUUUCAACGUAACAGUGCUGAUCAGCCGACCAUUUCAAUCGUCGGUGGAGUCCCUGCAGCCGCCGGUGAAUUUCCUUAUUUGGCUGUUUUGAGUUUGGGCCAAUACCUUUGUGGUGGAUCCCUGAUUGGAAAGUCCCACAUCCUGACAGCGGCUCAUUGCGUCGAAAGUUUUACUGCCGCUGACGUGAGCACAUUCUUUGCGGACAUCAACACGUUGUCAAUCAACGGCGGCGGAACCGGCGCUGUCUUUAGGGGAGUGAAGAAAUUCAUCAUUCAUCCCUCAUACAAUUCCAACACACAAGAUAACGAUGUCGCUAUGCUGAUAUUGAAUUCACCAGUUACAACUGUCAAAUUUGUUGCGCUACCGUCCGACAACGCAACAACUCUUGCCCCAACCACUAUAAAAACAACAACAACGUUGAAGUCUAACGUUACAACUCCCAAACUCACUACUACAACUCCUAAACCCACAACAACGACUAAACCAACCACAGCCAAAUCUGUGACGACGGCCAAAGCAACGGUAUCCACCACCAAAAUGCCGUGCUCGUGUACGUGUGCACCAACUACCACACGCGUAGUCGCCAACGGGAAAACCACCAAAAAACCUGCACUUCUAAGAGCUUUCAGUACUUAUGCGAACCAGUUGGCCACCAUCGCCGGAUGGGGAACAACAUCUUCAGGAGGAAGCCUUUCGAACGUGCUGCUGAAAGCAAACGUCACUAUUCAAGACAAUACAGUUUGCGCUAAACAAUACGGAAAUUUCGUUGGCGCUGACAUGUUGUGCGCCUCUGCACCUGGUAAAGAUACCUGCCAGGGUGACAGCGGUGGCCCGAUCCUUGUUAACGGAGUUCAAGUUGGCAUCACCUCCUUCGGCAAUGGCUGUGCUGAUCCUAAAUAUGCUGGUGUCUACACCAGAGUCUCGAAUUACGUUAGCUGGAUUCAGACCACCAUGGCCAAUAAUCCAUGAAAAUAAUUGGCUAUUGACACUUUCCUUAUAUUCGUGUUGGACAACUGAACGGUUAACCGAUCCUACUAUCGGUCCAUCGGUUACCCAAUGUUAUUGAAUUUCAUAUGUUACGGGAUUUUUUAUUACUGCCUGGGAAUAAAAUAAAGCAUAAUACAUUUUAUUGGUCAAAUAAUAA